ACGAAUUCUUUUCCUUGGUUAACAAUAAUUGUAGUUUUUCCGAUAUCCGCGGGUUCUUUAAUUUUCUUUCUUCCUCAUAGAGGAAAUAAGGUGAUUCGCUGGUAUACUUUAUGUAUAUGUUUAUUAGAACUCCUUCUAAUGACCUAUGCAUUCUGUUAUCAUUUCAAAUUCGACGAUCCAUUAAUCCAGCUCGAGGAGGAUUCUAAAUGGAUUAAUAUUUUUGAUUUUCACUGGAGAUUAGGAAUUGAUGGACUUUCCAUAGGACCCAUUUUUUUGACGGGCUUCAUUACAACUUUAGCUACUUUAGCAGCUUGGCCAGUUACUCGAUAUUCCCGAUUGUUCCAUUUCUUGAUGUUAGCAAUGUACAGCGGUCAAAUAGGAUCAUUUUCUUCUCGAGACCUUUUUCUUUUUUUUAUCAUGUGGGAGUUAGAAUUAAUUCCCGUUUAUCUACUUCUAUUCAUGUGGGGGGGGAAGAAACGUCUGUAUUCGGCUACAAAGUUUAUUUUAUACACUGCUGGGGGUUCUAUUUUUCUGUUAAUAGGAGUUCCGGGUAUGGGUUUAUAUGGUUCCAAUGAACCAACAUUAAAUUUUGAAACAUCAGCUAACCAAUCAUAUCCUGUGGCAUUAGAAAUUUUAUUCUAUUUUGGAUUUCUUAUUGCUUAUGCUGUCAAAUCACCGAUUAUACCCCUACAUAUAUGGUUACCGGAUACCCACGGAGAAGCACAUUAUAGUACAUGUAUGCUUCUAGCCGGAAUCUUAUUAAAAAUGGGAGCGUAUGGGUUGAUUCGGAUCAAUAUGGAAUUAUUACCCCAUGCUCAUUCUAUAUUUUCUCCCUGGUUGAUGAUAGUAGGCACAAUGCAAAUAAUCUAUGCAGCUUCAACAUCUCUAAGUCAACGUAACUUAAAAAAGAGAAUAGCCUAUUCCUCUGUAUCUCAUAUGGGUUUCCCAAUUAUAGGAAUUGCUUCCAUAAGUGAUACAGGACUCAACGGAGCUGUUUUACAAAUAAUCUCUCAUGGAUUUAUUGGUGCUGCACUUUUUUUCUUGGCAGGAACGAGUUACGAUAGAAUACGUCUUGUUUAUCUCGACGAAAUGGGAGGAAUAGCUAUUCCAAUGCCAAAAAUUUUUACGAUGUUCAGUAGCUUCUCGAUGGCUUCUCUUGCAUUGCCGGGAAUGAGUGGUUUUGUUGCGGAAUCGAUAGUAUUUUUUGGAAUACUUACUAGCCAAAAAUAUCUUUUAAUGGCAAAAAUACUAAUUACUUUAGUAAUGGCAAUUGGAAUGAUAUUAACUCCUAUUUAUUCAUUAUCUAUGUCACGCCAGAUGUUCUAUGGAUACAAGCUAUUCAAUGCCCAAAACUCUUAUUUUUUUGAUUCUGGACCACGAGAACUAUUUGUUUCGAUCUCUAUCUUUCUACCUGUAAUAGGUAUUGGUAUUUAUCCAGAUUUUGUUCUCUCAAUAUCAGUUGACAAAGUCGAGGCUAUUUUAUUUAAUUACUUUUAUAGAUUCUAG